CAUGAGGAGGCUGCCUCUCUGUGUUGUUGUUCCUCGGAGUUUCUGUCCAAGGUGCUGAAAUCCGCUGCUCCGGGGACGGGUCACGUGACUGCGCUUCCUCCCUCUCUGAGCACAGGAUGCUGUGUGAGCUCGCGCUCGCUUGUGUUGCGCGUGUGUGUAGUCUAUGCACGGGGACACCUCAGUCCUCAAGCUAUUUCUAAGAAGGCGUCGGGGCUGUAGUAGCCUACACUCGCAGCGUGGACUGAGUGCAGUUGAAUGCGUAACUUUGACUCUCCGUGCAUCCUUCUAUUCUUCUUUUUCUUCUUUUUCAGCUUAUUUCUUCCCAGUUCGCAGGCAUUACAGUGGCAACUGUGGAUGGACAAGCAGGAGUGGGCUGCUGCCCACCAAGUCUGACUGUGUUUUGGAGGUGUUGAGAAGGGAAAAGAACAUGUAGAGUCCGCAGGCUUGUCCGCAGAUCUUCUCGGAUUCACAGCCAACAUGCAGAAAGGGAUGAGACUCAAUGACGGCCACAUCACCUAUCUGGCUCUUUUGGCUAAGAAAGAUGGGACGAGGCGAGGUUGCCUGAGUAAGAAAAGCUCAGACAACACAAAAUGGCAUUCUAAGUGGUUCGCUUUGUUGCAGAACAUGUUGUUUUAUUUCGAGAACGACUCCAGCUCACGCCCCUCCGGACUGUACCUGUUGGAGGGAUGUGUGUGUGACAGGGCACCGUCACCCAAACCAUCUCUCUCCGCGAAGGAAUGCUUAGAGAAGCAGUACUACUUUACCGUCACGUUCAAUCAUGACAACCAGAAGUCUUUGGAGCUGCGCUCGGAGGACGUCAAGGACUGUGAUGAGUGGGUGGCAGCCAUCACACAGGCCAGUUACAGGAACCUGGCUACAGAGCAUGAGACCCUCAUGCAGAAGUAUCUCCAUCUACUCCAAAUAGUGGAGACGGAGAAAACGGUUGCCAAGCAACUUCGACAACAGAUAGAGGAUGGGGAAAUCGAGAUAGAGCGUCUAAAAUCUGAGAUUGCUGGACUGCUCAAGGAUAAUGAAAAGAUCCAGUCUAAUCCAGAGGUACCUCCCAGUGAAGAUGACUUGGAGAUCAAGAAGAUCAAAAAGGUCCAGAGUUUCCUGCGAGGUUGGAUUUGCCGCAGGAAGUGGAAAACCAUCAUCCAGGACUACAUCCGUUCGCCUCACGCUGAGAGCAUGAGGAAAAGGAACCAGGUGGUGUUUAGCAUGCUGGAAGCAGAAGCCGAAUACGUCCAGCAACUCCACAUCCUGGUCAACAACUUCCUGCGGCCGCUCCGCAUGGCCGCCAGCUCCAAGAAGCCGCCCAUCACCCACGACGAUGUCAGCAGCAUCUUCCUUAACAGUGAGACCAUCAUGUUCCUCCAUCAGAUCUUCUACCAGGGUCUGAAGGCACGGAUAGCCAGCUGGCCCACUCUGGUGCUGGCUGAUCUUUUCGACAUCUUGCUGCCCAUGCUGAACAUCUACCAGGAGUUUGUGAGGAACCACCAGUACAGCCUGCAGAUCCUGGCCCACUGCAAACAGAACCGAGAUUUUGACAAGCUGCUGAAGCAGUACGAGGCCAAGCCCGACUGUGAGGAGAGGACGCUGGAGACCUUCCUCACUUACCCCAUGUUUCAGAUCCCUCGUUACAUCCUGACGCUGCACGAGCUACUGGCUCACACCCCCCAUGAGCACGUGGAGAGAAACAGUCUGGACUACGCUAAGUCUAAACUGGAGGAACUCUCCAGAAUCAUGCAUGACGAGGUGAGCGAGACGGAGAACAUCAGGAAGAACCUGGCUAUUGAGCGGAUGAUUGUAGAGGGCUGUGAAGUGCUCCUGGACACCAGUCAGACAUUUGUUAGACAAGGUUCCCUGAUCCAGGUGCCGAUGAGCGAGAAAGGGAAGAUCACGAGAGGCCGUCUGGGCUCUCUGUCUCUGAAGAAAGAAGGAGAGAGACAAUGUUUCCUCUUCUCCAAACAUCUCAUCAUCUGUACCCGCGGCUCCGGGGGGAAACUUCACAUCACUAAGAAUGGAGUUUCCUCUCUCAUAGACUGCACACUGAUGGAGGAGCCGGAGGGGACGGAUGAUGAAACCAAAGUGGAGCGGAGUGGUAUGGACACAGAGAACCUGGACUUCAAAGUGAUGGUGGAGCCCAAAGACGUCCAGCCUUACACCGUCAUCCUGGUGGCUUCAUCCCGACAGGAGAAGUCAGCGUGGACGAGCGACAUCUGCCAGUGCAUUGACAACAUCCGCUGCAACGGUCUGAUGAUGAACGCCUUCGAGGAAAACAGUAAAGUCACCGUGCCUCAGAUGAUUAAGUCGGACACCAGCUUGUACUGCGACGAUGUGGAUAUUCGCUUCAGCAAGAUGAUGAACUCCUGCAAGGUGCUGCAGAUCCGCUAUGCCAGCGUGGAGCGAUUGUUGGAGAGGCUCACCGACCUGCGCUUCCUCUCCAUCGACUUCCUGAACACCUUCCUCCACUCGUACCGCGUCUUCACCAGCGCUGACGUGGUGCUGGAGAAGCUCAUCACCAUCUACAAGAAGCCCAUCAGCGCCAUCCCCGCGCGUUCUUUGGAGCUUUUCUUUGCCAGCAGCCAGAGCAACAAACUCCUGUACGGCGAGCCACCCACGUCGCCGCGUGCCAGCCGCAAGUUCUCCUCCCCUCCCCCCCUCGCCAUCACCAAGACGUCCUCGCCAAACCGCCGACGCAAGCUUUCGCUCAACAUCCCCAUCAUCACGGGGGGCAAAGCCCUGGACCUGGCUGCUCUCAACUGUUCUCCCAAUGGCUAUGCAAGCAUGCACUCCACCAUGUCACCUUUCAGCAAGACCACCCUUGACAUCAACAAGCUUUACGUGUCCAGCACCAAGGCCAGCAAAAUCCCCGAUGAGGGAGAGACCAAAGCUGAAGGCAAGGCUGAGGAGACCGUCCUCAACAAGCAAGAUCUGUCUGAGAGAGAGGAAUGUAAUGAGGACCCAAGUCAGAGUGAGGAAACAGAGGCGGAGAUGUCUCCUCCCAAAUCACCAUCGACACCCAAGAAUGUCAAGUCAAAAAACUCUGAGUUUUCCCUGUUUUCCUUCAACAAUGGCAUGGUGGUGUCAUCUUGCCGGGAGCUGGACAAUAACCGCAGUGCCCUUUCUGCCGCCUCGGCCUUCGCUAUCGCCACCGCUGGUGCCAACGAGGGCACGCCAACCAAGGAGAAGUACCGUCGGAUGUCGCUCGCCAGCACAGGAGGGGUGGGGGUGUGCGAUCCUCUUCAUGCUGAAGUUUUGUGUGGUCGAUUCUGA